CCCUGCUUUCGACUUUUUGAAUGACACCGUGGAGCCAUGGCAACUGCUGCACUUGGACAGAACGGUUUUCCAGGCCGGGGAAGAAGUCCACCGAGACAACUGAAAGAUGCUGCAGUUGCUGGGGGGCUGCCCAGACCCUGCGGACUCAGCCGACCAUCACCUUUGGAGUCUCUCUUCGAGGAGGAUGGUUUGGGCCAAAAAGAUGGAAGCAAGAGUCCUAUGUGGAUGAGUAUUGGUAGCACGUUGGUGCUGCCAACCGCUGAAGAGUUGGCAAGAUUUGGCUCUAUGAAGACUCCAGGCCGUCGCGCAACGGCCGCUUCGCAGGGCCAGGUUCAAGCCGAACUGCCAGAGGAGGAUGAUGUGGCAUACUACAGCGAACCUGAGCGCGAGGUUCCAGUGUCCAGGACUCCGAAGGAACUGCCGCGCUGCGAAACGGUGGCAGCGUUGCCGGACUAUCCAGCAGCUUCGAUGGCAUCGGCAUCGAUGGCGUCGCUCAAACCCUUGGCUUUGCCGCCGAUUCCUUCGCCCCAGCGCGGCCGCCCCGAACGCCCCAGCAGCUCGGAGUCCCUCAAGACGCGGCUGGCGAAACGUGCCGCGUCGGAUCCAAGGCCUCAGGAAUUUCCUGAUGGUUGUCCAGCUCGAGUCCACGAUGCUUGUGCUACUGCGCUUGCUGCAACAUCUGCUGCAAAAUCUGUAGCAGCUGCUGUGGCAGAGAAGCGAUCCAAAGAAGCGGAACCUGACUUCUUCGCCUGGCUGCUUGAUGAGUUGCGCAGUCGGCCGGAUGAGGAGCAGCUUCCACGAAUACCUCGCAGUCACCUCCAGGAGGUGGCCAAUGUUCCGAAGCAGCUUGAGAAACUCUUGCUAUUGGGAUUCCUUCUUUGCCUUGACAUCCUCUUGCACGAGCUGAGCUUCACUCCCUUGCAGGCAAUCCGUUCCUCCUUGCAACUGACAUUGGGUUUGCGACGUUGGGGGAGCUGGUCAGAAAGAGGUGGGAACCAUAGUACAUCAGCCUCCGGGAAACGCAGAGCACUCACCAUCACUGAGCAAGGUGAUUUCCUUCGUUUGUCCCUUCUAAUCUUGAAUGUGACUCUGAUCCUGAUGAUCUUUGAUGUCUCCUGGAUGUAUCACUACAUCAGGGGCGAAUCCUUCCUCAAGCUCUACGUUUUAUUCAACAUGCUGGAGAUGUUCGAACGAUGGUGCAGAUCUGUUGGAGUUGACUUAUUUGACCUCCUCUUGGCAUCUGCCCGACACCCCUGGUAUUCGUUGCUGCCAAAGUAUUGUGCAACUUUGAUUUACUGCUUUGUUCAUGCGACAAUGCACUUGAUCCGUGUCAUCCUUCUGAAUGUCGCUAUCAACACAUCGUCAAAUGCCGUGUUCCUGAUCAUUGUGACAAAUAACUUUGCUGAGAUCAAGUCCACCGUCUUCAAGAGAUAUGAAGAAAAAAGCCUCUUUCCCAUCAUUACCAGCGACAUCGUCGAACGUUUCUAUCUCCUCCUGGACAUCAUCUUCGUCUUGGCGAGAUUGAGCAUAUCUCAGCACUCUGGUACGUUUACCGCUCCGGACAUAUGCUUCUGGUUAUUCUUGUUGGUGGUGUUGGAGAUUGGGACAGAUUGGAUCAAGUUCUGCCUCAUUGCGAAAUUCAGCGAGAUGCAAACCAAGACCUUUGAGGUUUACAGGGAAGUACUGCUCGCAGACAUUUUGCUUUGCAGAUGCGGUCAGCUGACGAGUGUCAGCCAGGUAACAAGGCACGACACAAGUGCGCAGCCUGAAAAUGGCAGCAUGAACAAGGAAUUGGCUUUGAAGGAUGGAAAAGAAAGGCCACAUCUCGGCAAAGAAAGGCAAGUACCAACGGUGCCAUACAGGGGCAUUCACUCCUUCAGCCACGUCUUGCAAAGACGUCUUGGCUUCAGCGGUGUACCCAUGACCACAAUCCUUGUGGUUCACUUUGUGGUGCUCGCCCGGGCUCCAUGUGCUGCGGCUGCUCAUCAGCCUCGAGCAACUGUGGGCGUCUUUGCGGCGGCCUUCUUUUUCGUUUGCUUGCUGGCGAAAAUUCUACUUGGCAUAGUGCUCUUGGGCUUUGCGGCAAGACGCCGGAGCCGAAUCUCUCGAGGCUUGGAGCUCUUCCCGAAGAUCAAGUCCCUGUGAGCCACGCUGAAGGGUCGAAUCAAUGGCCGACUUGAGAAGAGCAACGUAGGAAAUGAAUUGAAGAUUCU